AUGAACUUGGAAUUUAGUCACAUUUCAUUUUUAAAAGUCACUGAAUUUUAAACUGAAUUUUUCACUCUGUUAGUAUAUUUUUCAGUUCAAUAUCAGCCUUCAAAUAAAUUCCUUUAGAGUCUCUCAAGCACACUUAUAAUCAAUUAAAAAACAAAAACAGUUAUCAUAAUUCACUCAUUGAUUUAGGAAGGUCGAAUAAAAUUUGACUUUUGGUUUCAUAAUCGUAGUGAUAACAAUUUCAAUAUAAUUCCCAUAAUCAAAGUCGUGAUGGUUAUAAGUUUAAUAUAGUAAAAAGUUUGUGGAUUUACUCAACCAAAAUACCAAAAAUACUCUACUAACAAAUAAUCUCACUCAUUUAAAGAAUUUUAUUCAACCAGAAUCACUUCAUAAAAAUAAACUGAGAAAACCUAGUCAAUCAUUCGUAUAUCAAACACAAAAUAGAAGAAGAAAAGGAAAUCACCCUAAAAAUAAGCUAAAACCUAUUCUAUCAAAAAUAACACACUCAAUAAUUUACCUUUAUAUUCCGUUAAUUUAUUACUAAAAUUCCUAAUACUCAUAAUAAACUGCUACUUCUUACUUUAAUAGUUAGUUAUUCCUCUAAAUUUGUACUAUCCAUUGAAGCCUCAAUAAUUAGAUAUCACUACCAUGCCCAAAAUAUUACUUGAUAAAUUCAAAUAAAACGAAGCCAAAAAUCAUUUAAUUAAUGAAAACAAACUAAUACAUCUUAAACUAAGAUUUUGAAGUGC